GAAACAUUAUAGCGUUCAGGGUCGACGCUCCUCAUUCCUCGCUGACUGAAAACACCACAACAGGACAGAAGCUCCUUAAGGCUUAAAUCCACCUACCAGCUAACAUGCUGUGGCUCGCCCGCUUUCAGUCCGUUAAAGGUGCAGCAUGCAGCAACAUCAUAGCGUUCAGGGUCGACGCUCCUCAUUCCUCGCUGACUGAAAACACCACAACAGGACAGGAGCUCCUUAAGGCUUAAAUCCACCUACCAGCUAACAUGCUGUGGCUCACCCGCUUUCAGUCCGUUAAAGGUGCAGCAUGCAGCAACAUCAUAGCGUUCAGGGUCGACGCUCCUCAUUCCUCGCUGACUGAAAACACCACAACAGGUCGACAUGUCGUCUAUCGCAGAUCUGAUCAAGAAGAAGAGAGAUGGAGGAGCGUUAAGUGACGAAGACAUCAAAACCUUCGUCCACGCUGUUACAAACGAAACUAUACAGGAAUGUCAGACCGGGGCCAUGCUGAUGGCUAUCUGGCAGAAAGGAAUGGACGACAUGGAGACUGUGAACCUGACCAGGGAGAUGACGUCAUCGGGGGAAGUGAUGUCAUGGCCAGAAGAGUGGUCGGGGCUGAUGGUUGACAAACACUCAACAGGAGGGGUGGGAGAUAAAGUCAGUCUGGUGUUGGUGCCGGCUCUAGCUGCCUGUGGCUUUAAGGUGCCUAAGAUCAGUGGGCGGGGCUUGGGCCACACCGGAGGAACUCUGGAUAAACUGGAGUCAAUUCCAGGAUACAACAUCCAACAAUCAGCAGCUCAGAUUCUGGAGAUCCUGGGCUCAGUGGGCUGUUGCAUUGUGGGUCAGACGGAGACGUUGGUUCCUGCAGAUCGAAUCCUGUACGCUCUGCGGGAUGUCACCAGUACCGUGGACAGCGUACCACUAAUCACUGGCUCGAUUAUCUCAAAGAAAGCAGCCGAGUCUCUGAAUGCUGUGGUGCUGGAUGUGAAGUUUGGACGAGCUGCUCUCUACAAAGACCUGGACAAUGCUAAAAAACUAGCACAGUCAUUAGUGAAUGCCGGGAACGGCCUGGGCAUACGCACGUGCGUGAUCCUCAGCCGUAUGGACGCUACGGUUGGUCGAUUUGUGGGUAACAGUCUGGAGGUGAUCGAGUCUCUGGAGACGCUGAAGGGAAAAGGACCCGACGACCUGAUGGAGCUGGUCACAACUCUGGGCGGCCUGUUGCUGCAGGUGACUGGUAAAGUGUCUGACCUACCGGAGGGCAGGAAGCAGAUUUCUGACGCUGUGAUUGGUGGAGCUGCUCUGUCCAAGUUCCAGGCCAUGAUGGAGGCGCAGGGCGUAGCCAAUGAGACGGCUCGCUCGCUGUGCUCCGCCAACGCAGAUUACUACCGUAUCCUGAGGAAAUCAGAACAUCAGAUGGAACUGAAGACGCUUGCAGAUGGUUUCGUCGGGGAUGUCGAUGGUUUGAUGUUAGCUGAAGUCAUUCAUAAGUUGGGGGCGGGACGAUCAAAUGCCGGAGAACCUGUCAAUCACAGCGUAGGAGCGGAGCUGCUGGUGUCGCUGGGUCAGAAGGUCCAGAAAGGCGCCUCCUGGCUGCGGCUCCAUUAUGAGGAACCGGCUCCCAGUCCAGACCAGAUCAAUCAACUGCAGAACGCUCUGACUCUGCAAACACAUGAAAACAAAGAAAAAAAUACUUUAGUGAGAGAAAUACUGCUGCCUAAGUAAGGCACGUUUCAAUACUUUCAGUAACACAUAAGAACAAACCCCUGCAGAUCAGUCAGAUCCAUCAUGUAGUUUACAAUACAGGAUCCUUGAACUGAAAAUGCUGGAGACAAUAUAUCUAUAUCUUUCUCAAUAAGUAUCGUGAACAGACGAACAAUGUGCUGUCCGUCUUUCAGUACUAUCUGGCUUCCUGUCUGUGGCUCUCAGCUCCAAGCUCAUUGGUUCCUACUGGAGACGGAUAUUUUUAAAUAUACAAAUAAAGAGUUUAAUUUUGA